CCCAUCAGUGACCGAGGGACCGGCCGCAUCGAGCGUCUCUGGACAGUCCGCACAUAACCUGCUCUUCCCCAUUCAUAUUUCACACAUCUGGGGUAUAACGUCUAAAAAAUAAAGGAUCGAAGCGGUAAGAUGAGCGCAAUGGACGUGAAGAAGCUGAAAGUGAACGAGCUGAAGGACGAGCUGAAGAAGAGGAGUCUGUCUGAUAAAGGGCUAAAGGCUGAGCUGAUGUCCCGGCUGCAGGCCGCUCUGGAUCAGGAGGCGCUGUCCGCCGACACCAACGGCUCUGAAGGACUCAGCUUCAUGGGCGAUCAAGACCUUGACGAAGAUCUGGCUGGAGAGAGCAUGGAUGCUGACGAGGAGGAUGAGGAUGGAGAGAACGCGGAGGCUGAGGAACAGCAGGAUGAUGACAUGGAGGAGGAGGAGGAGGAGGAGGAUGCCGGGGUAGAGAUGGAUAAAUCAGAUGAAGAUGAAGAUGUCCUGCUCAAAGAAGAUGAUGAAGAAAUUGAGAAAUUUGAUGAGGAUGAUGUGGCUCUCGACAUGGGCCCUGGCGAGGGGGAUGCGGACAAAGACAAGAAUGAUGAACAGAAGAAUAAGAAGGGUGUAAAGAGACGCCGAGAUGAACAUGGAAGGGGCUACUUUGAAUUUAUUGAAGAAAGCAAAUACAGCCGGGCGAAGUCUCCCCAGCCUCCUCUGGAGGAAGAGGAUGAAGAGUUUGAUGACACGACUGUAUGUUUGGACACCUACAACUGUGACCUGCACUUCAAGGUGUCUCGGGAUCGGUAUAGCGCCUCCUCUCUCACCAUGGAGAGCUUUGCCUAUCUUUGGGCAGGGGGGCGAGCGUCUUAUGGUGUGGCAAAGGGCAAGGCUUGCUUUGAAAUGAAGAUUAUCGAGAAGAUACCUGUAAAACACAUUUCCAGUAAAGGAACUGAGAUUCAUGAUGUCCUGGUGGGUUGGUCACUGGCAAACAGCUCUCUUCUGCUAGGGGAGGAAGCACACUCAUACGCCUUUUCAACUAAGGCCAAGAAAACCUGCAACGGUGUGACAGAGGACUUUGGGGAGGCAUUUGAUGAAAAUGAUGUUGUCGGAUGCUUUAUUAAUUUUGAUGGGGAAGAAGUGGAAAUUUCCUUCUCCAAGAAUGGACAGGAUCUGGGAACAGCUUUUAAAGUCAGCAAGGAUGAGUUUGAGGGGAAGCCGCUCUUCCCUCACAUCCUCUGCCACAACUGUGCGGUUGAGUUCAACUUUGGCCAGCGUGAAACACCGUACUUCCCCCAACCUGACGGCUUUACUCUCCUGCAGCAGAUCCCUGUUUGCGAUCGCAUCAGAGGACCAAAGGGGCCCGAGACCAAAGAAGACUGUGAGGUCAUUGUCAUGGUCGGACUGCCUGGAUCUGGAAAAACUGAAUGGGUAACAAAGCACACAGAAGCCAACCCUGGAAAAUACAACAUUCUUGGGACAAACACCAUCAUAGAGAAGAUGAUGAUUUCCAGUUUGAAACGACAGCUGAAAGAUGUCACAAAGCUCUCAGCAAUAUCUCAGCGUGCUCCUCUUUUCCUCGGAAAAUUCAUCGAGAUCGCUGCACGUAAAAAACGCAACUACAUUCUUGACCAGACUAACGUAUCGGCACCAGCCCAAAGAAGGAAAAUGUGCCUGUUUGCCGGGUUCCAGCGUAAAGCUGUGGUAGUCUGUCCAACAGAUGAGGAAUAUAUACAGAGGACUCAGAAAAAGGCAGAAACAGAUGGCAAAGAUGUACCUGAACACGCAGUCCUAAAAAUGAAGGGAAUAUACACGCUGCCUGUGGAAGGUGAGUGCUUCACCGAAGUGGUUUAUGUCGAGCUGCAGAAGGAAGAAGCGUCCAAACUUCUUGAACAGUACAAGGAGGAGAGCAAAAAUUCCCUUCCUCCUGAGAAGAAACCCAAUCAGGGAGGUGUACAGCUUAAGAGGGGAGGCAUCCGAGGACGAGGAGGCAAAAAUCUGUUCAACCGUGGCGGAGGACAGGGUCAGAGGGGAGGACGAGGAGGCUUUCAACACCGAGGCAACUUUAGGGGUGUGCCUGGACCCCGUGGGGGGUUCAGCAGACCACCGAGAGGCUUCCUUCCUCCCCCUGCCUUCAGAGGCGGCUUCAAUCGGGGUGGUUUUAACCGCGGUGGUGGUGGUGGGAUGCCUAACAGGGGUGGUGCCCCCAGGCCAGGACAUGGGCGGGGAGAUAUGGUCAACAUGGGCAACAGGGGAGGAGCCAUGCACAGGGGCAACAUGGGACGAGGGGGAGGGGCCAAUCGAGGAAACUUCAACCAGAAGUUCAGGGGUCGAGGAGGAAAUAAUCGAGGUUUUAAAAAUGGCAACUUUAGCAUGAACAAAGCACAAGCUUUCAACCAGAGCUGGCAACAAGGGUUCUGGAAUCAGAAGCCAUGGAGUCAACAAUACCAUCCUGGAUAUUACUGAAUAAUCGCUGUGAUGGACUGAUAUCACAUAAAAGCUUUAACUUCAGAAGUCAUUCAUUUUACCUAAUGUCCUUUUGUUUUUGAACAGAUUUUAAUAGGACAUUGAGGAGAAAUGACUCUGGAGCUUUCAGAGCUUCACAGGUUUCUUUUUUUUUUUUUUUACUAAUACUUAGUGUUUGUCUUUGACCACAGGUUCGUAUGACAACGUGGUUCAAUUCAGGAAACUCAGUAUAACUUCAGGGUGGGAUGUUUGUCUUUUAACAGCUUUCAGGGUUUUACUUUUAAUUAGUCUUGUGUGAAUCUUUGUGUAGCAGUUAAGCUGUGUAAGAUGAGAAUACUACUGUCGAGGCACUUUGCAGUCAUAUGAAGAAUCUUUGUCCUGCUGCAACAAUAUUUUUUAGUUAAAAGUAUUUAAAAGUUAAAAGUUCAUUUAAUCUAUAAACUACGAUACUGAAAUUUGGAGGAAGACUUGUCUGGACAGUUUUUGCAGACUGUAUAUUUAAGAAAAGGGAUCGAAAUAAUUGGAAAUUUCAACUGUGGUUAUAUGAUAAUUGAGUGGUUUUUGAAUAAUCGCUUUAUUGGAUUAUAUUGCUGAAUUUUGAAAAGUCUUGAUUUAAAAGCAGUCUGCCGUCUGUACAUAAAUGAAUUAGGUGCUAAAGAGUCUGUACCUCUAAUUCAAAAGCUGUCCAGUGUAGAAAAGCAAUGCCUGUUGAUUUAUCAUGUACUUGUUGUCAUUUGAACAAUACUGCAGUCUAUUUAUAAAUGUGUGGGUUUUUUUAAUCAAUGGUUUCAAUGUGUUUGGGGACAAGGCAAGCAAAGCUGCAAAAAGCCAUCCGAUUUUGAACAUUUAACCUUUUUUUCUGUCAGGAGCAAUAAACAGCAUUUUCGAUUCUUUGCCUCUAAAAAAGUGAAAGCAGAAUAGAUGAUUUUAUUAUUGUGGGAUGAUGAUAUUAUUUAUGUGUAGUUUAUUUAAGAGAUUUUUUUCCAACUGUAUUUUUACAAAUGUAAUUUAUUGUAUUAUUUUAUUGUGAAAUGUGGCUUACUGCUCUUUUAAGAUUAAGAUCUAAGUUAAGUGUCAUAAUAUAUUUUGUUCUUUUUGUUAAUUAUUUUACUUUUUAAAUGUGCACAUGGUUUACAAAUCAGUUUCAAUCUUCUUUAAUAUAACCUUAGACGUGACCACAAUUUUGUAGUCCUGUGUAAACAUUUGUAGUUGGCUUCAAAAUUAUAGUAAUUAAAUAAUACUACACGAAUAUUGGACUGCAUCCUCUUACUCCAUGAAACAGUGAUUAUACAUUUAUUUUAUAAUAGUUCUAUCUGUAUUAAAGCUUUCAAAGGAUGUCAGGGUGCCAUUGUGGACUGUUAACAAGACUGAUUUUGCAUAACUAUGAAAUAUUACCAAUAGGAUGAUUAGUUAUUCUUUAGUGACUGAAAUAUGCAUAUAAUUUUUUUUCUUUCUUUUUUUACUGCUGUAGAUAAUCUCAUAUCAGUGUUAUUAUGAUGUCCAUUGUCCCAGACUUUGAUGCAAAUGACUAAUAUGUUUUUAGAUAAUUGUUGGCUAAAAAAUAUGGCAGAUAUUAGGAACAUUACAUUUUAUUACUUUAAAAGUAUUACUGUUUUGUAUUGGGAAAUUAUUAAUGGCAUGUGAUGUGGGACAUAAAAAGAAAAAAAUGAAGGUGACUUGUUUUGAUGUUGUAUUUGUUCAUGUUUAAGGUAUUUGGUCAGGUAAAAAAAAAUAUAGUAUUGAGAUUCUAACACUUUGUAAUAUACACCUUUUUCCUUCUUUCUUUUUAUACCUUGCUAUGUUUUGUAUUUUACCUUUAAUCAAGAAGAAAAAAGAUGAAAUGAGUAACUUAUUCCAUGCAUUCUUUUUUAAAUAGAUUGUUUUUAAAUUAUAAUAAAGUUUGAAGAUAAUAACUGGCGUA